CACUCUCCCAAAGUUGAAAGGUUACGGAUAUAGUUGUAAACAACAUGGCAGCUUCCUGUCCGGUAUAUUCUGCUACAGUCUAGAAACCUUCAGUGUUGCCUCUGUCUCCCAUGACAUAACCCAACCCAUGACAUAAGCCAACCCAUGUGAUUGGUGCAUUCUGUCUUGCCUAGCUGUAAUUGACCAAUCAUGGCUCUCCUAGAUGACCCUGCCUUCAUAAUUGCUCACAUCCGCCAUUCCUUCAUCACGAGUGAUGACACAGGAAUGUGCGAGAUGGCCAUCAUGAACGAAGAACUAGACUGGCCACAGAAGAAGAAGGAGAUGGAAGAGAAGAGAAAGUCAAAUAAGGCCCAGUUUGACAGUUUUGAUAAUGACCAAGGAUAUGAUGAUGUUGAAAUCUACGGAGAGUCUUACGAGAUCGAGUCGAGCUUUGACUACAGCUUCCGUCACCGCUCUAACACCGCCGUCCGACUCGACAAGCUUCGCCACGAUAGGAUGACACAAACCCAAUGCCAGAGGAUCAAAUGGAAAGAGGAGGCCUCUGAUUUCCCAGAGGAGGAACUUGAGGACCUAUUUGGGAAGAAGGAAGUAAAAGAAAAGCCGAAGAUUUUGAAGUCGUCGCUGUCGAUCCAGCUGGAACGGUUCCCUGACCAAGCCACCAACAUCUUUGCUGAAUAUGCCAACUUUGAUGGAAAGGGCCACGCAGGAGGCGGGGGCGUGAAGCGAAUCGAGAUCUUCUUGACGAUGGUGGAACCGACGAUACCAGACAGGAGAUUCUUGAAGGUUGUCGUGACCAACAACGCUAAGGUCCAGGAUCUGAUCGGUCUCAUCUGCUGGCACUAUGUCAACAAGGGUCUUCAACCAGAACUCAAAGAGAACUUGGAAAGCUACUGUCUGAUGAUAUCAGAGGAGGACGGAGAGGUGGAUACAGACUUCCCGGCCCUGGAUAGCAGAGAGGCCAUCUCAAAGUUCGGCUUCAACACUCUGGCGCUCGUCGAGAAGGACGCACCAGAAGAUGACGGGAAACCGGGAAGCAAAGACAAUAUCAUUGUCACAAUUAAAUCUUCAGAUGGUGAAUCCAGGCUUGCGGUGGACUCGACUCAGAUCACCCUCCGACAGAUCUUAACCAAAGCUCUCAGAAAAAGAAAGGGUAUCAUUCCAACUGCGGGGCCUCAUUAUCUGCUGGAGAAGAAGUCUGCACCAGGGGUUCCGCUAGAUCUGGACCUGAAACUCUGCGAAACAGAAUCCAUGGACUUCAUUAUGGUCAGAGAACAUAGUAGGAGAGACUACCUGAAGAGCGACAGGACGCGACCCUACUCCGGCGAUAGAGAGCCCCCUCUAGUGUUGAGUACCCAGUACCGAUCGUUCCGAGUCAGCAUGCUGCACAAGCUGAGACCUGCCACAGAGAUUCAGCUAGGUAUCUCAGGGGAUAAGAUUGAAAUCGACCCGGUAGCCCAACCAAGGAACACGCCGGCCAAGUUCUGGGGCAAGCAGAAAGCCGUCUCCAUCGAGUCCGACAGGCUUGCCUUCUGUAACAUCACAGAUGAUAAACCAUCAGGGAAGUCCACAUUCCGACUGACAUUCAAGAGUCCCAACCAUGAGUUCAAGCACUACGACUUUGAGACCGGAACCAACCUCACCAAACAGAUCGUCAACCGUAUCAACCACAUUCUCGAGCUUCGAGCAAGCUCCGUACGAAACGACUACACGCUGUGGAGAGAGAGGAGACAUAGUAGAAAGGCCCACGAUAAAUAGCAUAGGUAUAUAACGUUGUUCUUAAUAGGGGAUAUAAGAAGUUCUGUUCACAUAUGCUGGAGCGCCGUAAUGGCAGCACAGCCAAAGCCUGGGUAAUAAUCUCCGAGUUUGGAAGCGCUUAGAGACUUCAUUGUAAUUCGCGCUAUAUAGAAGCUGAGUAUUAUUAAUAUUAUUAUUAUUAUAUGAUGUUGAAAACUGCUGCAUGUUUUUCAUAAAGAUGCAAGGGUGAUAUACCUCACAUUUCUAUAUCGUAAGGCUCAUCAGAUAUGUUGCAGUAAAACCGG